ACACACACUACCUUUGGCUCAAAACAGCACAAAGGCCGGGGGAGCAGAGAACAAGUCAGAGGUGACAGUAGCUUAUGCCGAUGAACAUAUGAAACAUUAAGCUGCUUGGGCUUGUAGUCAUGGUGACCGAAGCGGAACACGUUCUCGGCAUUCCUGCCCAGGUGUUCACUUGCGUCUUAUCUUACACAUUCCUCCUGAUUGUUGCUGCUGCCGUCUUUGUUGUUUGGUACAUUAGAGAUUCCUUGAAGGUUGAUGACAUCGAUAAAAAACAUGUCUUCGUCACGGGUUGCGAUAGCGGCUUCGGGAACCUUGUGGCCAAGCAGCUUGAUCGACAGGGUUUUCACGUAAUAGCCGCAUGUCUUACGGAAAGUGGUUCAACUGACUUGAGAACCGCAGCCUCCCCCAGACUGAAGACAGUCCUGCUCAAUGUUACCGACAGCGCGAGCAUUGAAAGAGCGGUAGAGAUGGUGCGGCGCGAGACUGGGGAGCGAGGUCUUUAUGGUCUGAUAAAUAAUGCUGGGAGGUCCAUCCCUAUUGGACCCACAGAAUGGAUGCAGCCAGAGGAUUUCCGGAAGGUUAUGGAUGUGAAUCUGAUGGGUCUGAUUGAGGUAACCCUCAAGUUCCUGCCCCUGCUGAAAAAGGCCAAGGGCAGGGUAGUAAACGUGGCCAGCAUCCUGGGCAGGCUGGCUCUGGUCGGAGGAGGGUACUGCCUGUCCAAGUGGGGAGUGGAGUGUUUCUCAGAUAGCCUCAGGAGGGAUAUGCGGCAUUUUGGUAUCAAGGUUAGCAUCAUAGAGCCAGGAUUUUUCAAGACAGCUGUGACACGUCUGGAUCUGAUUGAGGCCGACCUGCAGAGGCUGUGGGACCGCCUUCCUUCUGACAUCAGAAACUCGUACGGACCCAAGUAUCUGGAGGAAUACAACAAGGCUCAGAGUUUCUCCAUGAACAUACUGUGCAGCAGUGACAUUUCCAAAGUGACCAGUUGCAUGCAGCAUGCUCUGACAGCUAAGCACCCGAGGACUCGCUACGGCGCAGGAUGGGAUGCCAAGCUCUUCUGGAUACCCCUCUCCUACCUCCCUGCAUUUAUUGGUGAUUUUGUCGUCGAUGUUCUUCUUCCUACUCCCAAGCAGUGUUGAAGGGUGAAUAUAAAUCAGAGAGGAAGUGAUGUCAUCUUUAUCAUCACUUCCUUGAAAAACACCUACUUAAUUCCUCCCUCCAUUCCAUUCCUCCCGCCCGCCAACCUCUAUUCAUGUUCAUUCACCUGAUUUUUCAGGAUGAGCAUUUUUAAUUGAGGAAAGAUAAUUGAACCAGUCACCUCUUUACAAUGUUCCAAAAUAGUAUUAACUUAUACAAACAGUAAAUAAAGGACAUUUGAUAUCCUUUUUGUGCAAGAAACAUGAGCUAAUUUAUAUAAAUGUGGGAAGAGAUCAAGUCUUGUCAUUAAUUUUUGUUAUCUUUAUGUCAGAAGAAUCCUUGUUAUUAGAAUGCUGUUCUCUGUUGUGUUCAUGUUUGUCAACCUGUCAUAUCAAAGAACCCUUCAAAGAAUUAAAGAAGCACACUUUUACAAAACAAAA